GUUUGUAUGAAUUUUAAUAAUUUCUGAAUAAAACAAAACUCCUGUCAGAGUUCAAAACAGGAUAUCUGUUAAACUGCAUAGCAAUUCAACAGUUUUUCUAGAUUCCAAUAGUUAAAUGAAACCAUACAUGGGUGUAAUAUGUAUGUUAGAAAAGUGUUAAAAUACAAGGUUGAGUUACCGUGAAAACUUGUAAAUUUAAAAAAUGACCAUCCAGUUUUUAUGAACUACAGAGAACAAGUAAUUACACAGUACAUAAUACUGAGCGACUAAGAUGUGGAACAUGAUGUGCGAUGUUAUGCCAACAAUAUCAGAGGAUAGUAUCUCUCAAAGAUCGUCCCAAUUUUCAAGAGAAGAUGCAAACUUUGAACAACUUAUGGUGUCUAUGCUGGAUGAAAGGGACAAGCUAAUGGAUAGUCUAAGAGAAGCACAAGAGCGCUUGUCUGAAGCUGAAGUAAAACUACUAGAGGUCGUCAAAGAAAGAGAUAGUCUACAGAGGCAGAUAUCGGCAAAUUUACCGCAGGAGUUUUCAACUCUUACAAAAGAAUUAACACAGGCAAGAGAGACCUUACUUGAGAGAGAUGAAGAAAUUGCGGAAUUAAAAGCAGAAAGAAAUAAUACUCGGCUUUUGUUAGAGCAUCUCGAAUGCUUGGUUUCCCGUCAUGAAAGAUCUCUUAGAAUGACUGUGGUAAAACGGCAAACGGCAGCACAAAGUGGGGUUUCUAGCGAAGUUGAGGUGUUAAAAGCCCUAAAGAGUUUAUUUGAACAUCACAAAGCAUUGGAUGAAAAGGUACGCGAACGACUGCGUUUAGCAAUGGAACGUAACUCUGCAUUAGAAGAUGAACUACAUGCACUGAAAGAAGAGGUUCAGCAAAAUAAGUCGGAAGGAUUUUCUAUUACGUCAGAAAAGGAAGGCACUAAAGAAUUGGUAUCUGAAUCAGUUGAGGAACCAGCUCACUUACAUUCAAUAGAUAACACUGCUGAACUUCAAAAUAAAACAUUAGAACUUCAAAGCAUUAUAGAAAAACAGACUUCUGAGUUGUCACAAUGGCAGAGAAGAGUUUCAGAACUUAACAAUCGAGUAAGUGAGUUAGAAGAAUCAUUGCUCAAAACUGAAAAAGAAUGUAACAAAGCACAAGAUAAUUGUAUGAAAAUGCAAAGAGAUUUGAGAGAAAAUGUUGCACAAAAAGAAGACCAGGAGGAAAGAAUCGCUACUUUAGAAAAACGGUAUCUGAAUGCUCAACGAGAAUCAACUUCACUUCAUGAUCUAAAUGAAAAACUAGAACAAGAAUUACGCCAUAAAGUUGCACAAAUAAAGUUGCAUGAAGAAAAGAUUGCUGCAAUUGAAGAAAAACUAGAGUUAUCUGAACAAAAACUAGCACAAUUUUCUAAACUUCCUGACAUAGAAGAAGAGUUAAAAGUAAGAAUGGAAGCUCUGAGCCAGGAGCGUCAUGGAUCAACCGAAGAUAGAGUUCAUCGACUAGAAACAAGUGUUGAAGAAAAAAAUGCUGAAAUUUUGCGUUUAAAUCAAAGAUUAAAAAUGAAUGAGGAACAUAAUCAAAGAUUGUCAUUGACUGUUGAUAAAUUACUGUCAGAGUCAAAUGAUAGGCUACAGACGCAUUUAAAAGAGAGGAUGCAUGCUUUGGAUGAGAAAAAUGUUUUGACACAAGAAUUGGAAAACACUCGAAAACUAGCAGAGGAACUUAAUAAUGAAAAGAAAGAAAUAAUGAAACAACUUUCAAAAACACGUUUAGAAAUCGAAAACUAUAAAAGACAGUUGUUACAACAAGAAAUAGCUUUUAAUAUUCGUCAAACAGAAGCCAUGACGAAAAAUCUUUCUCCAAGCAAUGCUGUUGAUUGUAAUGAUUUUGCUAAUGUAAGUCACACAUAUGAAACCCAUUCAUUAAGAAGAAAUAAAAGUAUUAGUCAAGAAAAUCCAUACCAAAGAAAUUAUGUAGAGCAGGAUUGGGCCAAACCGCAACAGCUACAGAUGCUAAAUGAAGUGCAUCCAUUUGACUUCACGAGAGGGCUUGAUAUGACUGAUGCUGAAUCCAUAUUUGGCACUUCUGAUAUAUUAUCACCCAGUGGGCAUACAGACGCACAAACAUUAGCAUUAAUGUUGCAAGAACAAUUAGAUGCCAUAAACAAUGAAAUACGUUUAAUACAAGAGGAAAAACAAUCAACAGAAGCAAGAGCUGAAGAAUUAGAAUCUAGGGUAGGAAGUAUUGAACACAUGAAUCUACUUGUCAGAGGAAGGCCGAAUGACAAACAAAGUCCUGAAAUAAGUGGCAGAAGCUCACCAAAUAGUCCAAAUAGAGAUUUCCUGCACAAAUACGGGGCGCAAAUGGGACACGUUGGAUCAACAGAUGCAUCAAGAGAUGAGAUGAACUUGAUAAGCAUGCCAUCAAACGACUCCAGUUCUGGUGGAGCUGCAUCACCUUUGACAGCCAGGUCAUUAAGACUUGAACGAUUUGCACAAGUUCUUGCUGAUAGUCAAGAAGAAUUGAGAAGAACGGGUAAUAUGUAUAGUAUAUCACCAUUAAGUUCGAGACAUGGAAGUCAAGAAUCUGUACGACUUCUUAGUCGGGCGGAUUCAAUCAAUAUGAUAUUGAAUACUAGCGCAAACAAUGGUCGUGAAAGCAACAAUUCUUCUCAAAAAAAGAAAGGUAUCAAAUCUAGCAUUGGCAGAUUCUUUAGCAAAAAAGAGAAGGGAAAAAUAAUGAAAGACUCGUCAAUGCCAGAGUCAUCUGCAAGCAUGUUGUCAAUGAGUGGAAUCUCUAUGACAUCAGAUUAUGAUUCAAACUUUGAUAAUUUAAGCAUUUCCGCUAGAAAAUCUAUUAUAAAAUCAAUGGACUACGGGAGACAAAAAAAAGAACAUGAUUAUAGGCAUGAUUUGUUAGAAGAAGCAAUGAAAGCCGGAACUCCCUUUGCUUUAUGGAAUGGACCGACAAUUGUUGCUUGGUUAGAGUUGUGGGUUGGUAUGCCAGCUUGGUAUGUGGCUGCAUGCAGAGCAAAUGUUAAGUCAGGAGCUAUAAUGAGUGCAUUGAGUGACACAGAAAUUCAAAGAGAAAUUGGUAUAAGUAAUCCCCUUCAUCGAUUAAAAUUACGAUUAGCUAUACAGGAAAUGGUAUCAUUAACAUCUCCUUCAGCUCCACAAACAAUACGCACGACUCUUGCUUUUGGAGAUAUGAACCAUGAAUGGAUUGGAAAUUAUUGGCUUCCAAGUGUAGGUCUACCUCAAUAUAGAACAACUUUUAUGGAAUGCUUAGUCGACGCUCGGAUGUUGGACCAUUUAAGUAAGAAGGAAUUACGUGGACAGCUUAAAAUGAUCGACAGUUUCCAUAGAACUAGCUUACAAUUUGGUGUAGCUUGUCUUAAACGUCUUAAUUACGACCGAAAUUUAUUAGAAGAACGAAGAAAAGUCGUGGAAAAUAGUGUGUCCGAUGUUCUAGUUUGGACUAAUGAUAGAGUAAUCAAAUGGAUAGUUGGCAUUGGUUUGAAGGAAUAUUCAAAUAAUCUUAUUGAAUCUGGUGUUCAUGGAGCUUUGAUAGCAUUAGACGAAAGCUUUGAUUCAAAUGCUAUGGCAUUGGCAUUGCAAAUUCCUAUUCAAAACGUAGAGGCACGUGAACUAUUAGAAGCAGAGUUCAAUAACCUCCUAAUGAUUUGCAAGGAACGUAAGUUAGAAAACGAACAUCACCUUAAUAGCUCUUGAUAAGUUAUAAAUUAAUAAUCCAAUAUAGUAUUAUACUUAAAAAGCAUAAAAUAUAUUUAUACAUAUUUAAUCUAUUGGUAGUAAAACUAAUAUAUAAUAUCAAAAAAGGAAAUACAUGAUAAAUAAAGAAUCAGGUUAACCAAAAAUAAUUGUAAGAAAAUAAAUAUUAUUAAAUGCAAAUAAUGAAUAAACAAAUG